GAGCGGAGCUCGUGCUGCUCGCAGGCUCGGAGUGCCCAGCCCUGUCUGCUGCUGUCAUGCAAUCCCUCCUCCCCCUGCUGCUCAGGAGCAUUUGCCUGGAGCUGGGAACCGCGCUCGCCUGAGCUCCGAAGUUUGAGCAUGGCUCUGAGAAGACCAAGAACCUGGAGGUCACAAACUCCUGCGGAGCUGGAAGCUGACACGUGUUCUAGGAGCUGUCUACUUUCCAAACCCUUCACCUCUGCUAAGGACAGGGCAGACGCUCAAAGGCACGCACACCUGGAAGGAUCUCUUUUUGGAUUCUACUGCUGUUAACAGAGCUCUGCAGACCUACUCAUAUCCACAGAGGGGAAAAAAAGAGGAAAAUUCUUCAAAACAGCAAGACGCUUUUGAAGUGGGGAGUGGAAGGAGGCAGUUUUUCCCCUCCUUCCCCGUUUGCAAGAAAGGAGUUGCCCAACCUGGUCAUGAGACUUUUCCAUACUUCCCCAAAGCAGGCUCCUGAAGUUAUGCCACUGCACCACUGAGAGCCUAGGGUAGCCUAGUCCGGAACAGCCCCCCAGCAGCACACCCCGAGUGCAGACAACCUGGUGGGCACAGGAGAUGGAGAAUGAGGUUGGCAAAUCUGUGGACAAUCAAAUGGAUAAAUACAUAGUUACAAUAAUGGGGAAAUCAGAAAGUCAAAUGGAUAUUGUGGAAAAAUCAACAAAAUCUGGGAAGAAACCCUGGAACUUUGUGGCAAUCGGUCUGGCUGUCUUGCUGCUCCUCAUGACUUGUGCAGUGGUCGCCCUGGUGAUCCUGUAUGCCAGCAGCAGAGGCACUCACUAUGGCACCAAUUCAGGCAACAUGUGUACCACGCCUGGGUGUGUUACAGCAGCUGCUAGAAUAAUUCAGAAUAUGGACCCAACAGCUGACCCUUGCAAGGAUUUCUACCAGUAUGCCUGUGGGGGCUGGCUGAACCGGCACGUUAUCCCAGAAACUAGCUCCAGAUACAGCAUUUUUGACAUCCUGAGAGAUGAGCUGGAGAUCAUCCUAAAAGGUGUGCUGGAGACUUCAGAUCAAGGGGACAGAGAAGCAUUUCAGAAAGCUAAAAUACUUUACAAGUCAUGCAUGAAUGAGAGUCUUAUAGAGCAACGAGGUUCAUUACCUCUGCUAGAGGCCUUAGCGAUGGUUGGAGAUUGGCCAGUGGCUUCUGCAGACUGGAAUAAGACCAAAGAGCCAAAUUGGAGCAUGGAAGAAAAACUCUCCAUAAUGAACUCCAGAUUUAACAAACGUGUCCUCAUUGACAUGUUUGUAUGGAAUGAUGACCGGGAUUCCAGCAGGCACAUCAUUUAUAUUGACCAGCCAAGUUUAGGAAUGCCAUCCAGGGAUUACUACUUUAAUGGGGGCAACUAUCAAAGAGUGAGAGAAGCUUAUCUGCAGUUCAUGAUCACUGUUGCCAAAAUAAUCCGGGAAGACAAGAAUAUGUCUAAAGAUGAUUCCUUUGUCCAGGAAGAAAUGGCAAAGGUUAUGGAGCUUGAAACAGAGAUUGCAAACGCAACUACCCCAGCAGAAGAAAGGCAUGAUGUAACCUUGUUGUACAACAAAAUGACCUUAAAAGAGCUACAGGAAAAGUUUGCAUUGAAUGAAUUUAACUGGACAUUCUUCAUCCAAGGUGUCAUGUCUUCAGUAAGUAUUCAAGUUGACCCAGAAGAAGAGGUUGUUGUAUAUGGCAUGCCCUAUCUGCAAGAGCUGAAAGCAAUUAUCUCAAAGUACUCAGCAAGCACCAUCCAGAACUACCUCAUUUGGCGAUUGGUAAUUGAUCGAGUCAGCAGCUUGAGUCGGCGUUUCAAGGAUGCUCGGGCCAGCUACAGGAAGACACUUUAUGGGACAACACUGGAAGAAGCCCGAUGGAGGGAGUGUGUGAGUUAUGUCAACAACAACAUGGAGAACGCACUGGGAGCGAUGUACGUCAGGGAGACAUUUGCUGGUGAGAGCAAGAGGAUGGUCCGAGAUUUAAUAGAUAAGAUUCGGGAAGUGUUCAUCGAAACAUUAGAUGAGUUACAGUGGAUGGAUGAGGCAUCUAAAGUGAAAGCUCGUGAGAAGGCAAUGGCAAUUAAAGAACAAAUCGGCUAUCCAGAUUAUAUUUUGGAAGAUCAGAAUGAAAAACUAGAUCAGGAAUAUGCCAAUUUAAACUUCAGUGAACACAAUUACUUCGAAAACAUUCUGGAAAACCUGAGAGCUGGAGCCCAAAAGAGCUUGAAAAAGCUUCGAGAGAGAGUUGACCAAGAUAUAUGGAUAAUUGGAGCUGCGGUGGUCAAUGCAUUCUAUUCCCCCAAUCGGAACCAGAUAGUUUUUCCUGCUGGGAUUCUACAGCCCCCCUUCUUCAGCAAACACCAACCACAAGCCCUGAACUUCGGAGGGAUCGGAAUGGUUAUUGGGCAUGAAAUUACUCAUGGGUUUGAUGACAAUGGUAGGAAUUUUGAUAAAGAUGGAAAUAUGUUUGACUGGUGGAGCAAUUUCUCAGCGAUGCAUUUCAAGGAGCAGUCUCGUUGCAUGGUUUAUCAGUAUGGGAACUACACAUGGGAGCUGGCUGGAGGACAAAAUGUCAGUGGAAUAAGCACAUUAGGAGAAAAUAUUGCAGAUAAUGGAGGAGUCCGACAGGCUUAUAAGGCCUACUUAAAGUGGCUGGAACGGGAAGGGAAGGAGCCAAAGUUGCCCGGACUGAAUCUGUCCCACAAACAGCUUUUCUUCCUCAACUUUGCCCAGGUUUGGUGUGGUUCCUACAGACCAGAAUAUGCUAGCCAGGCAAUAAAGACAGAUGUUCACAGCCCUCUGAAAUACAGGGUGAUGGGAUCUUUGCAGAACUUUGAAGCGUUCUCAGAGGCGUUCCACUGUAAAAAAGGCACAGCCAUGCAUCCUGCAGAGAAAUGCAGAGUGUGGUAACCAAAAAGAACGCUGGCAAGAAUGACACAUACUCUGGUCACACAACAAACAGUUCUUGCCAACGAUGUGCCUGAUGUUCUCCCAUUCAGUCCCAGCCAAGGCUAAUGGUGCAGCUACUGUAGUGAGAACCAAGGAAGCUACGGCACUCGCGCUCUUACAGUUCCACUGGGAAGCACGCAGGUAUCGCGGUGACUGACGGGCUGUGCUGAAAGCCACAGCGUGCGCCAGGACAGAAAUGACUGUUUCAGAUUACAUCCUGACUGUUAUUAAGAUACUGCAUCAGGGUUACAAAGACUAAUUCUUAAAUAAAAAGCAAAACCAACAAACAACUACAUUUCUAUUUUUCAGCAAGGAACAAUGAUUUUAAUAUGUCUUACAACUAUGCCUUUUGAGACUCAGCACACCCAUUUCAGAUGUUUCACUGAACUGUUUUCCAGUAUUCUGAUCCAGUUUCUGGUGCAUUCUUCCCAAAUUCAGGUUAGAGCUAGUUUAAACUCUCACGCUGUCUGUAUACUUGCACUUUGAUUACUGCUUUGUUGUAAGAGAUUGCUAUUUGUCUCGAUCCGUUACCAAGUGAGCUGCGUGUUAAGAUGCCUUUGGGCUGCUAACUUAACGCAAAGCUGCACUCUCCUUCUGCACUUGAGUUCCUCUGCUCCAAAGAACAACUGUAACGUGACAUUAAAGUGAGGUAUUACUAGAUAGAAAGAUUACAUUUUUAGGAGUACAAAUUCUGUUGUUAUGGUUAAAAUGACAGGGUCCCUCCCUUCAGAGAUAUAUUCAAAAUUAUGCUUAUUCUUGUAGAAAGUGUAUAAAAUACUUUUUGCCAAAUA